GGGAACGCCAGGGAGUGCCCAGCAGGUGGAGGUUCCUGCGAUUGGCAUGAGCAUGCAUGGGAGGCCGCCUCUUCAGGGGGCCAUACCUUUUGAGUCUGACCGCCUCCUUAUCCACCUUGUGGUGGCAAGUUGUCCUGUGCAUCGACACGUUGUUCCUUGCGGGGCUGGGCUCGUGCAAGUGUCACUGUUGGGGUGGGCAGCCGGGAUGAAGAGGUCCCCUGGGCCUGGGAGGCCGGCCCGCGCUAGCUGCAAGAGGACGGCCUCAGAUCCCUUGGUUGUCCAGAAGGACGGCAUCUUCCGCGAUGUCCACAUGGUUCUGAUUCCAGGGGGGGGAAUACUGGAAAAGCAGCUGCAGAUAUGGUGCCGCAAGGUGACUGCGCUGGGCGGGAGCUGCCGCACGCUCUCGUCCGGCCCCACUACUGCCGAUGUCAUCGAUGUUGCCACGCACAUUGCAGCGGCCACCACUGCGCGGCUAGAGCAGCGGAUGGAGAAGGUGGAGCUGGUGGGGCGCGCUGCGCGGGCUGUGGCGGUCAGCUUCAAGUGGCUGGAGGAGUGCCUGGCCAGCGCAGCGCAGGUGCCGGUGGACAACUUUCUGCUGCGGGAAGUGGGCUGGUACGAGCAUGACAAAGAGGGGCCCACGGGCAGCGAACAACCCGGCACUGCUGGUGGGGCUUGCCCAGCGCCACUCAUGGAACAUGUCACUGCCAAAGCCGCUAGCCCUGGCUACGAGCCGCUGCCUUUACCUACUUCAGGAUUGUCUUUGCCUCUUAACAACAGCUUAUCUCUGGACGACAGCACCAACUGCCCGGCGCUGUCACAUCCAUCUCCAAGCAACGACAGGGUGCAACGGGAGGGCACAGCCUGUGGUGUCAGAGCUGGGUCUGACGGCUCUGACGAUGAGGCGGGGCCAUGUGUGCGAGACGCUCUCCAGGCGCGGGGAGCGAGGGGCGGCAGCCGGGAGGAGCGUCUGCAGGAGUGGAUGCGCACGGAGGUGGCCCUCCGGAGGCAGGGCAGGCCACGCGAGGAGGGGGCCGAGACACAGGAUGGAUGCGAAGCCUCUCAGUAUCCCGAGGUAGAUGAUGAGAGCACCCUGGAGGGUGCGGAGGGCGACAUUCCGCUGGACCUGAACGAGCACAUCACGCGGCACCUGCGGGAACUUAAGGACAUCUAUGAAGCCCUGGGCGAUGAGUGGCGCGCCCUGACUUAUCGGCGCGCGGUGGGGGUACUGGAGCGCCUCUCGUUCCGCAUCGCCAGUGCGGAGCAGCUGGCAGGCGUGAUGGGCGUGGGGCAGCAGGUGCGCGACAAGGUGAAGGAGAUUCUGGGGACUGGCCGCCUCGCCAAGCUGGACAGCCUGCAGAGCGACGCCAAGCUGCGUGUUCUGCGCCUCUUCUCGUCCGUGUUUGGCGUUGGUGCCAAGACCGCCCUCGAGCUGUACAGCCGCGGCCACCGCAGCCUGGCCGACCUGCGCGGGGAUCCCUCGCUGAGCCGGCAGGCCCAGCUGGGGCUGCGCUACUACGAGGAGAUUGGGGCCAAGAUGAGCCGCGAUGACGUGGCCCGCAUCCAUGCCCUCGUCCAGGCGCAAGCGGAGUCCAUCUGCCCCGGGGUGUCGUGUGAAGUGACUGGGUCGUACCGACGGGGCCGCAUCAUGUGCGGGGACGUUGAUUUCCUGGUCACACACCCAGAUGGCAAGAGCCACCGCGGGCUGCUCGCGCGGCUGCACCAGCGCUUGACCGCCAUCGGGUUCCUUAUGGCGGACCUGCGCUCCUUCGACGACGACGAUCAGGGCGGCGGCGCCCUGUGCCAGACGUACCUGGGCAUGUGCCGCCUCCCCGGAACCGACGACCACCGCCGUAUCGACAUCAAGGUGUACUCGGCGGCGGUGUACGCAUGCGCGCUGGUGCACUUCACGGGCAACGAGGUGUUCAACCGCAAGGUGCGCUUCUUCGCGCUGCAGACCGGCUUCAAGCUCAGCGAGUACGGCCUCUUCCCCGUCACCAAGAUUGGCAAGCGCAAGUUUGUGGAUAAGACCUCUCUUCCGUGUGCCACCGAAAGGGACGUCUUCGCCCACCUCGGCCUCGAGUAUCUGGAGCCGCAUGAGCGGAAUUGGUAGAAUAGAAACAGGGGAGCGCAUUGAGCAACUCGAACCUACGGAACUCGUUCCGAAGUAGAAACAGUUGCUGCUGUAGAAUCUGAUAUAAGCCGUCUGUAGACAGAAAGACUGGUGCCACUCCCUCCACGAGACCUUGUUACACACGAUGCACCGCCGCACAGUCACAGAGCUUAGAACGUAGCUACGAUAUAGGCGGCGGUAGAGCCCCCAAUCGAGUUAGAAAGGGCAGAGUAGUCUGAUCACUACAUUUACAUAGGCGCGGACCAUGACAUAGAAAGAGAUCAAUAGCAUAAUGAAGUUUGUGGUUGAUGACGUUUAUCUAGUGAGUAAGGUCGCAAUUUUUGUUCAGCUGAGGCGACCCUGGGAACCGUAAGGGAGUCCCAAGGGACGUCCAAGAAGGACGUUGUACCAAAAUGUAACCAUUUAAGUUGACCCCGAUAUCCUAACCCGCACUGCAAAAUGGC